AUGACGCGGGCCGAGGACGCCCAGUGGCACAGCCGGGAGGAGUACGUUGAGAGUAGUCGCGCGAACGACGACACAGAGUCUGUCACGACCGAAUCAUCCACCCAAGCUCAGUCUAUAUCCGAGGAUGUUGCGGAUUAUCCAGAUACUUCCUUGAGCUCCGCCACGUCCGAAAUUUGUGAAGAAAUCAACUCUUUGAAGGAGUCAGACGACAAGGAACGGGCCGACUUGACACUCCAUCUGGCGAGGCUCCGGUACCUUAAAGGUUUAAACCAGGUUGGCUUCUUCGCCGAUAUCCGAUGGUACCCGGAACAUUAUCCAACAUCUUACUAUCUCGAUGGCCUUUCUAACUUGGCUGAAUGUCUUUGUCUGGCAAAUUAUCUACAGUUCAAGGAGAUGGUGAUUACCAUUAAGUACUACAUUAAACAACUGCUCUGGCAUUUUCUACCUAGACCAGAGGAGGGUGACGAUACCAGGAAAAUGUUUGCCGCUUACGUUGGAUAUCUUUGGGGCGAUGAAGCAGCAGUUCUAACGCAGAUAUUUGAAGAGCACCCAGACUUCCACCGCGACAUUCAGAGAUUCCUAGAAAUGGACUUCCAUGCGACCAAAACACCUAUUGCCGCGAGUACAUUAUGCAAGAGAGACUCAGAAGAGUCCUGGGAGCUAACCGGAGGAGGAAAAAGGAGAGGGUGGUACUAG